AUGCAGUCGUGCCAGUCGAUCAGCGCGCGAUCCUUUGCUGGCCGGACCGGCAAGCUCGCCUGUCCCGCAGGACCUAAAGCCGGGAGGCAUGUGAGGCUGGUCGUUCGGGCACAGGAGAAGCAGACUCCCGCCAAGGGGCAGCCCUCUGACAAGCCGGACACGAAGAGCGAGAAGGCGGAGAAGAAGCCCGAGAUUGGGCCCAAGCGCGGCUCCCAGGUACGCAUCAAGCGACCCGAGUCCUACUGGUUCAGGGAGGUCGGCAAGGUUGUGUCAGUGGACCAGAGCGGCAUCCGCUACCCGGUGGUGGUCCGCUUCGAGCGCGUGAACUACGCGGGGGUGACGACCAACAACUACUCCCUGGACGAGGUGGAGGAGGUCAAGUAG